AUGGCGAGUCAAAACAGUGUGCUACUUUUCGCGUUAACUUUAUCACUGUGUUGUUUUUGUAAUGGAGGUGUUGUUACGGUAGAUCUAAACGGAAGCUGGACGGUACGAGAUGAAAACAGAGGUAUAUCUAUCACUGGAAAUGUCCCAGGAAACAUGUAUACAGCCCUUAUGGGGAGCCAUGAUCACACGAUCCAAGAUCCGUAUUACAGAAAAAAUGAUGAAGAAUAUCGUUGGAUUUCCAGAGAUGAUUGGUCCUACAAUCGUACAUUUGAAGUUAAUGCUGAAAUGCUGGCACAGAACACACUGGAACUGGUCUGUGAAGGUUUAGAUACGGUGGCUGAGGUCUUUGUCAAUGGUAGACUUGUUGGAGAAUCGGACAACAUGUUUGUCCAAUACAUAUUCAACAUCAAACAUGUUGCUAUUGUCGGAACAAAUACUGUGAAAAUAAAUUUCAAAUCAGCGGUUGUAUAUGCUGCCCAACAAGCCCAGAAUGGGGAGUAUGUCGUCCCUCCCGAGUGUCCCGUUCCCUCCUACCACGGCGACUGUCAUGCCAAUAUGAUCAGAAAGAUGCAAAGUUCUUUCAGCUGGGAUUGGGGUCCAUCGUUUCCGACACAGGGAAUCUGGAAAAGUAUUUAUGUCCGGAGUUACAACCAUGGACUUAUCCAGUAUGUCACCACGGAAACCAUCUUAGGAAGUGACGGGGGCUGGACACUCAACACAGAGGUUUAUCUGGACAUCCCAGAUGAUCAGUUGACCAGUGGUGACCUGGAGAUACGACUGGAUGGAACAACGGUCACUCACAGAGCACCGGUCAGCUUGACCAGGGAAAACAGCUCUGUGUCUGUAUCAAUUGAUAUCCCAAAGACUGUGCCCAUCAAGAAAUGGUGGCCUAAUGGCCACGGUAACCAGACGCUGUACAAACUUUACGCCUUCUUCACCAGCGCAGAUGGACAGGAAAUGUCUGGCAAGAAGGUUGACAUUGGGUUCAGAACAGUCGAGGUUGUACAGGACUUUGUCUCUGCAAAUCAAAGCCUAGGAAGAACAUUUUACUUCAGGAUUAAUGACAAACCGAUAUACUUCAAGGGCUCUAACUGGAUUCCUGCUGAUGUGUUCCUCGAUAGAGUCACACCUGAUUAUGUUAAUGAGCUGCUACAGGCUGCAGCAGACGUCAACAUGAAUGUGCUCCGUGUGUGGGGAGGAGGGGUUUAUGAGAUGGAUGAGUUUUACGAGAUAGCAGACCGCCUGGGGAUAAUGAUCUGGCAGGAUUUCAUGUUUGGGUGUGCCAUGUACCCAGUACAUAAGUCGUUCAUGGACAGUGUAACUCUGGAAAUUACUCACCAAGUUCGAAGAUUGAAACAUCAUCCUUCUAUUGUGAUCUGGAGCGGAAACAACGAGAAUGAGAAAGCUCUGAUCCAAAGUUGGUACAAUACAGAUACAAACUUUACCCUGUACAAGAGUGAUUACCUCACAUUAUAUAAAGGUUUAAUGGCUCCCCUGGUGGCCAGAGAGGAUUCCAGUCGGCCCUUUAUCCUGUCAAGUCCAGGAAAUGGUGUGGAGAGCCUACAGGAAGGGGGCGUGGCCGCGGAACCUUGGAGUGAGCUGUAUGGGGACAUCCAUGAGUAUAAGUACCUGUUGCCGUUUUACAUGGACGGGACUUACAGGACUCCACGAUUUUCCUCUGAGUACGGACUCCAGUCCUACCCCUCCUAUGACACCCUCGAGAAAGUCUACGCCCCAGAUGAUCUCACCUACUGGUCAGAUCUGAACGAUUACAGACAACAUCACCCAGCAGGUAAUGUUGAGUUAAUGGCAGAGAUCAGUAUGCUGUUUAUCCUUCCCAACAAAACUGACCUCAAACAGAGAUUUAAAGAUAGCAUAUAUCUCACACAGAUUACACAGGCUGUCGGAAUAAAGACAGAGACGGAACAUUAUCGACGCUGGCAGAACCAACUUGAUGAGUCGGGACGAGGCAACACCAUGGGGGCAAUGUACUGGCAGCUCAAUGAUAUCUGGCAGGCCCCCACUUGGGCCUCUUUAGAAUAUGGAGGAAAGUGGAAAAUGUUACAUUAUUUUGCGAGGCAUUUCUUUGCUCCCCUGCUUAUCUCCCCUUACCUGGAUGGUGUCGACAUCUGUGUAUACAUAAUAGCUGAUCACAUCCCAGUGGUGGAAAAUCGCCAUCCUGUCACUGGUCAGCUGACCUUCAGACCAGAUUACAGCUCUGGACUGAGUAAGGUGCGAGGACUCUCAGGACCGUUACACAUAGUGAUGUAUUCCUGGGAUAGCUUCACACCUCUUCAUAGCUGGGUACAACAAUACUCGUUAAAUCAAACUUCGGAGCUUGUUUUCCGUAGAAGUACUCUCACUAUGAUGAGCGAAGCUGGUUGUAUCCAGGGAAGAAAUUUCUGCUUCCUGUUUUUCCACCUUGGUGACCCUAGUAAUGAACCAGUUGCCUGGCAACCAUUAACAGAAUACAAAAAUGUUGUUGGACUUGAAAAUUCUGUUAUACAGGUGACGGAUGUACAACAGGCUUCGACUGAUAAACAGGUGUACAACGUUACCAUAACAACAGACUCCAUUUCUGUAUUCGUAUGGCUGGACGCUCACAAUGUUAAAGGAAGAUUUUCAGACAAUGGUUUUCUGAUGAUCAGUCCUAAGAAAUUAGUCCAGUUCUUCUCUAGUCUACCAAUCGAUGUUUCCACCCUACGUAACACACUGACAGUCCAGUCUCUGACAGAUGUUUAUCAUUGAUGAGUGACAUUCCCCAACGGACAUCUACAUGACAUUUUACACAUUAACAAAUUGCAUUUUUAAAGUUACUCCUGUAUACUCUGAAAUCAUUUCAUUUUCACUUUUGAUUAAAGUGAUUCCAUGACAUGGUGAAAAAAAAGAAUAUUUAAGAGUUGAAGCUGUGAUAGGUUAAUUGUCAGAGCAUCAGAACAAUUGAACCAUGUUAUUCUAUGAAGAUGCAAGAUGUGUGGUUAAGGAUGAGAUAACGAGACAUUUUUUGUUUUAAAGAUUGUUUCCUUGGGCAAGACACCAAUGAAUCUGGAUAGCAUAUUUCUCCUAAUUGUUCAGUGACGUAGCCACCAGCUACUACAAGAAGACCCUGUCUUAAGGUUACUCACCUGUUGACAGGGCAGUAUACAUUCACAAGUCAUUUCCUGGGAUAAAAACUCCAGAGCCUCACAGUAUGCCUUUUACAUUUUCACCGAUUUAUAAGAAUCUUUUUUUAUAUAUUCUGACAAGCCAUUUAAAAAUUCCAGUGGUCAGUUUUUCUGUCCCCCUUUCCCAACCCCAUUUUAUACAGAUUAAUAAUCAUUUUUAUAUAUAACUUGUGAUAAUUGAUCAUUGACCUGAAAUUAUGAGAUUCUAGGUUAAUCCUUGGAAUCAUUUAUUGUUACAAAUUUUUUUUUCACCGAGAAAUCCUACUCAUUAUAAAAAUGUGUAUUUUGUAUUGUUUUUAAUGGAUUACUGGUAAUAUUUUUGAUCUAUUUAUUUGAUUUAUUAUCAAUAAUUGUGUAUAAAACAGGUUUAUCAGUAAUCCUGUUUGUUAAUUGUAAUCAAUAUUGUAAUAAUGACAUCACUGAUCAUGUUCAUAGAAAAUGUUGUUCUAAAUUAUUAACAAAUUGUUAUAUUUUUUUAUUUCAUUGUAUUAAUUGAAAUUGUUGUGUACAAAUGAAUUUAAAUGGAAGAGAGUGGAUACUUGGUUUUAUCGAAUGUGAAUAUUACCUAAAUCAUGUAUGUAAUGGGAGAGAAAAAUACUAAUACAUGUAAUAAAUUCAUCUUAAAAUCCAAGUCUACCAUAGAUUGUUUACACGUUUUAGUAUCUGUUCAAACCCACCCUUUUCCAUUUUGUUUCUUUUCUUUUUUUUCUCUGAAUUUUUAUAUGUAGUGGAUAAUUAUGUGCACAUCUUUUGCUUUACAGUAUUCAGUUUCCAACAAACUUUAAGCCUCCCCGAUUCUACCCAAAAAUUGACUAUAGAAAUUAAUAUUUCUCUUUGUUUACAGAAUGAAUAUCAUCAUUCAUGUAUUCAGAUGUUGAUGGGGCUGGCCAUAAGGAAAGACUUCUUUUAUCAGAAUCAGAAGCAGAUUAAAGAAACACUUUUCUGAAGAAUGUGCCGUCAACUUUUAUCUUUUAAAAAUGUGCCUGAACAAUUUGUUAUGCAUUAUGUACAGUAAACAGCCUUGCUCUAAACAUACCUAGUUACAGUGUAAAGUAACUGGCAUCAUUAAUUCCUGAAAAUGUGUCGUAAGAACUUUAUCUGGCACUAGUAGUGUCAUCGCUAAAAAUAGAACAAUUCUACAGUAAGUGCCUUACUGUGAAAUAAAAGUGAAUGUGUUUGAAGAGUGUCAAAAACUGACAAGUGUUGUUUCUUAAUAUAUAUGUACAUAUAUACCGCUGAGUAGAGUUGUAGUGUUUCUGUUGAAGGAGAAAGUUUUGAUAUCUGAUUUUUGGUCAGUAUUACUGGAGAAUUUCUGAUACAUUGUAUAUAUAUAUAGGUAUAUGAUGACACAGGUGAGAAUCAAGAGUUGUACAUUGUACUAAAGUUUCUGUUGAAGUAGAAUGUUUUGGUAUCUUAUUUUUGGUCAGUAUUUCUGGAGACUUUCUGAUAUAUAAAUGAUGACACAGGUGAAGAUUUGUACUGAAGUUUUCUGUUGAAGUAGAAAGUUUUGAUGUCUGAUUUUUUGCCAGUAGAUACAAGAGUUGUACUUUGUCGAGUAAUGAGAGAUAAACACAACAAUUUGAUAUUAUUUCAUGAAUUUUUAUUGAACAUUAAAAAGGCUGAGAAAGUGGAUUUGAUAUAUAAGAAAGCAGAAAUGGUCUUACACAUUCUUAAAGUUUACAACAGAUUUAAUAGUUAAUAAUCAAAUAGUGAAAAAGCUACUGUGUAGUACUACACAAAACAUCAAAACAUAAUGAGAUCUGGAACCUUGUCCGUGUAUCAUAUCUUCACGGGUUUCAAGGUUGGCAGUUAAAUGUAUUCCCUGUAUUAAAUAUCCUGUUGAAAGUGAUUUAUGUGUGAACUGACCUCGUCCAGUGUUAUAAACUUCCUUUUUUACACAAAAUCAUUAUAUUGUAGUUCCACAUCUACCGUUUAAAAUGAUUCUGCCCAAAAAAAAAAAAAAAAUAAAAUAUCUUGUAA